UCAAUUUUAUUUUCCCAAUUGUCAACCUUAUUAUAUAUACCAUAAACCAUAAACCCUUCGCCACCACCAACCAUUAGCUUCUUCCAUCCUCAGAGCUUGCCGUCAACAACGAUUCCUUUCGGUUUUCUGUUUCUCUGGAUUCAUUUUCAUUUUUACGGCUACCAGAAUGUCCAGCUCAUCGGAAUAUUCGGCAUUUUCCGGCCCCCGCCCGGCCAAGUCGCCGGCCGAGAAGUCCACUUUCUCUCAGACUUGUAGUCUAUUGAGCCAAUACAUCAAGGAAAAAGGUGCCUUCGGAGACCUUACCCUCGGGAUGACUCGCACCCCCGAUACUUACGGUUCCCCUGAGACAUCGUGUCACUCUGCAACAACCAUGGAGUUGUUUCCCACCAUCAUCAAGCAACGGAACCCAACUACUGUGGAUUUCCUAUCUCCCCAGAGUGCUUAUCCUCACCACUCAGAGGUUCCAACCAUGGUCAAAUCAAGUGCAUUUAAGUCUAUAGAGAAGGAGCCUAAAGCUGCUCAGUUGACAAUCUUUUAUGCUGGGCAAGUUGUUGUGUUUGAUGAUUUUCCUGCUGAAAAAUUGGAGGAGAUAAUGUCAUUAGCCGGCAAGGGAAUAUCCCAAAGCCAAAACACCUCUGCAUGUGCUCACACUCAUAACCAGCAAGGGAAUCAUCCUUCCUUUGUUCCUAAUGUCUCCCCUCAAGCACCGUCCAGACCAAUUGUUUGUGAACUGCCAAUUGCUAGGAAAGUUUCACUUCAUCGGUUCCUUUCUAAGAGAAAAGAUAGAAUUGCUUCCAAAGCACCAUAUCAAAUAAACAAUCCCAACUCUGCUUCAAAUAAGCCGGCUGAAUCCAUGACAUGGCUAGGAUUAGGUGCUCAAUCAACACAAUUCUGAGUGCAUUUGCAGUUUUGAGUAGUUUUAGCCUCUUUUUUUUUUAUAUAUUUGAUUUUGUAGUUCUUUGUCGUUUUAACUUCUACUCUAGACUUUGAUAGAUAUUAGUAGUAGUUGAAGGCUUCAAUUUUUAUGAUUGCAAAUAUUUCCUGUAAUUAGUAUUUCAAAUUCUUGUAUUCAUUCUUCUCAUUUCUUUUGUUUGUUACCUUCCUUCAU